AUGAACUUUCAAGCGAGGCUCUUUGCCAGCUGCGGGGUCAGGAUGCUGCCGCAGCCCUGGCGUCUCUUCUCCCGGGCUGCGGAGGAUGUGGCGUUGCAGAGGAUCCGGAAGGUCCUGUGCGUGGCUGAGAAGAAUGAUGCUGCCCGAGGGAUUGCGGAUCUGCUUUCCAACAGCAGGAUGCGACGGCGAGAAGGGUUUUCCAAGUUCAACAAGAUCUACGAAUAUGACUACCAGAUGUUUGGCCAG